AUGUCAAAGAAGAAUCCAUUUUCAUUCUUUAAUUAUGUUAAAGAGGACAAUGCUGCUGUAGUACCACCACCAACACUACCACCUACAGGUGAUCAACAAUUACCUGUUUUCACAACCAAUAACAACAAUAACAAUAGCAGUAGUAGCAGAAGUAAUAAGAAAGUAGUAGAGAAUCUAUUUGAUAGUGAUGAUGAAGACGAAGAUGAAGAUGAUGAUAAUGAUGAAUCCGAUGACGACGACGAUGACGAUGAAGUUAUAAAGUCAUCAUUACCAGUUAUACCACCACCACAAACUACAAAGAUUAAUAAUAUAAGCAGCGCAUUACCAAUACCUUCACCUUCAUCAUCAUCAUCAUCAACAACAACAUCAUCGUCGUCAUCAAACAAACCUACAAACAACUUAUCUGUAAAUAAUCAAUCACAUUCACAUUCACAUUCAUCGUCUUCAAUAUCAGCAAUACCAACAUCGGCGAUAGCAUCUUCACCUGCAACAGCACAAUCAACAUCAAAAAGACUUGGUCAGCUGUUUGAAGGAGAUAUCAAGCUGGAUGGAGUUAUCAUCGAUGACGAUAGUCUGACACCUAUUAACCAACAAACAGCAACUUCUUCAACAACAUCUACGCAUACCUCUAACAAUAACAAACAACAACCUGUAACUUUACCACCACCUUUACCAUUAGCUUCAACUUCCCUGAAUCUACCAUCUUCUUUAAAUCUACCGACUACAACUUCCACAAUAAAUUCAGCAACUACAACUCCAUCAACAACCAUACCAACACUUUCACCUGCAGCAAUACCAACACCAUUAACAACAUCUACAGUUUUACCAACCAAUAAUAAUAGUAGUAAUAGUAGUAUCAAGGAGACAGAGAUGAUGGAGUCUAUGAUUGCAAGCGUCGAAGCCAAUCUCUCAGAGACAAAGAAGCGUGCACUCAAAGCCGAGCAACAGGUCGAACAACUACGUCAAGAGAACCACGCACUCAAGCAAUCGGGUGCAUCCGUUGACUCACAGGAACUUCGCUACAGACUACGCGAUGCCCGUGAGAAAGGUCGCAUCGUUUCGAAUCUACUCAACCAAGCGGCAGCAGACGCCGAUACCAACAUCAAGAAUCUACUCAGAGGUGUUGAAACCUUACAAAACAUAUCAGGUCUCCUAACUUCAAUCGAUAAAAUAUCAACAUUACCAUAA